AUGGCACCUCUCAAACAACUCAUCGCGGUACUUGCCGGACUCGCAGCACUCGCCACGGCAGCUCCCACAGACUCCUCCGAGGCCGCCCCGGCCAUCAAAUCCAUCACAUUCUCUGGCAACGGCUGUCCGCAAAGCAACUCGCCUCACGUCACCGAAUCAGACAGCGACGGACUUGCGUUCACUUUUAACGACUUCCAGGCCUCGACAUACCCCGCAAAGUCGCGUACGGCCAACUGCCAGGCUCAUAUCAACACGGCCGGAGUCGGAGCUGGAUGGCAGGUUGCCGUAUCCGAGGUGCUGGUGACUGGCAAGGGCAAAAUCGCGGCAGGCGAUUCGCUCGACCACUUCACAACCGUCUUCUUCUCACAACAAGCCUCGGACACGGUCUCUUCUCAGGGGACAUUCCGCAAUGGCAAAAGCGUCGAUAGCAGUGCCCCAGAGGAAAUCCGCGCGGCACCAAGCACCUUGUGGAGCUCAUGCACUACCAAAUCUGAUGGGGAUAUUCUCAACGUCAAUUUUAGAGUCGCUCUAUUGGAUCAGGGUGCAAGCAGCUUUGAUGUCAAGUCUGAGAAGCUGGUAUUCAAGUGGAGGAGGUGCUGA